ACGCCGGGGCGGAGCUGCAUCGUUCUUCGGACGCUUUUGGAUACUCGCUUUCUAAGCACAGUCGUCCUGCUCUGGUUGCGUUUAUUGUGGAGGCUUAUUUAGAUUGAAAGUAGCCAAAGACGAAAAGAGUUCGCCAUGGGAGCACAGAGCUCAGCGCAACGGGAUGGGAAGAGCCAGGAGGAUGCCACAGCCUCAGCUUCAGCUUCAGCCUCCGCCGGAGAUCUGAGUACAGAGGUGAAGGCGCACCAGGAGGGAGGCAGCGUCCUCGACAGCAAGUCUUUGCAGAAAAAUGGACAAAUCUCCAGCAUGACUAGCCUGAAUGGACACUCAGAGGACAACACGCUAGCAGAAGUUGGCCAGCCAGAUGGGGUGUCUGUAGGUCAGAAAGAGGAGGCUACUGAGACCAUGGAAACCCUCCAGGACGAAGUGACUCCUCAAGUAAAUGGAGAGAAAGUGGAUAAAGAGGCCCCUGAUGCAAAUGAUAUUUCAGCUGUUGAGGAGAAGGCAGCAGAGGAAAAACCUGAUGAUGCAAGUGAAGUUGGCUUCAAGAAGAUCUUCCGCUUUGUGGGCUUUAAGUUCACACUCAAGAAGGACAAAAGUGAGGAGAAAGACCCUGUGAAGCUGCUGACAGUCAAAGAUAAAGAAGGAGAAGAGGGCAGCGGGGCAGAUGAACCUGCAAAGGAGGAGGAGGAGGAGGCUGCAGCUGUUGAAGAGAAAAGCACAACUGAAGAAAAGGAGGCUGAUACAAAUGCAUCUGCUGUUGAGGUCACUACAGAUACUGAGAAAGCUGAAAUCACUGAAGCCACACCUGAAGACGCUGUUGCUGAAGCUACCGAUGAAGCAGUCCAGGAGGAAGGUGCUGAGAAGGAAGGUGAGACCACUACACCACCUCAGGAGUCUGCCAUGUCCCCCUUCAGGAAGUUCUUCAGUGGAGGUCUUUUCUCGAACCUGCGAAAGAAAGCGAGCAUAAAGAAGCCAAAAGAGGAUGAGGUCAAGGAAGUGGCUACUGAGGAGGAGACAGCAAAGACAGAGGAAACUGUUACUGCUGCUGAAGAAAAGGAGGCCAAAGAUGCGACUGUAGAGGAAACCAAGGAGGAAGUGUCAGAGACUGCUGUGGAGGAAAACUCUGAGCCCAAGGAAGAGGCUGUGAUUACCCCACAAGAAGCAAAAUCAGAAGAUCACCCAGAGCCUGAGGUCACAGCUGAAACCCCUGCUGUUGCAGAAACUACUACUGAUGAAACAAAACAAGAAGACCAAAAAGCAGAAGCUACUACAGAAGAGGAGGAGAAAGCUCCAACUGAGGUGACGUCUGAAGCUGAGCUGCUAUCAUCCCAGGAGAAGGCAAAGCCUCAAGGAAGCCCCCUGAAAAAGCUUUUCACUGGAGCUGGCCUGAAGAAGCUCUCAACUAAGAAACAGAAAAGCAAGAAAGAUACUGAGGCCAAGCUCACUGAGUCUGGGGAGCAGGCAGCUGAGCAACUCCAGUCCUCCACAGAGUCAGCAGAAGCUCCUAAAGCUGAUAGUGGACCCUCAUCUCCAGAGGAGUCAGGAGAGCAUGUUAUAGCUGUGGAGGUGUCCCAGAAUGAGUCUAGCCAAGAGACUGAAGGUGAAGUUGGAUCUGAUGGAGAGAAGAAAAAGGAGGGGAUCAUGGCCUGGUCCUCCUUCAAGAAACUGGUGACGCCCAAGAAGCGUGUAAAAAGAUCAUCUGAGAGUGAAGAUGAAACAACUGGUGAGAAGCCAGCCAAGUCAGCCACACUGUCCUCUUCUGAGAGUGCUGCAUUAGCAGAUAAGAGUGUUGAGGAAGCUAAAGAAGAUAAGCCCUCUGAGGAAGAGCCAAAGACCGAAACCACUGAAAAGCUGCUCAGCAGCACUGAAGAGCCCAAAAAGAAAAUGGACACUUCUGUUUCCUGGGAGGCUCUAAUGUGUAUGGGUGGACCCAAAAAGAGGAGCAGGAAGACCUCUGAUUCUGAUGAUGAGGAGACCAAGAUUGAAGAGGAAACACCAGCAGCAUCAGCAGAAGGAGAAAAGGAAGGUAAAGCAGAGGCUGCCACUGACACCGAAGGAGAACCUGUUUCUUCACCUGAACCUUUACCCAGCUCCCCUGAAAGAGAGUCUACCUGGGGUACCCUAAAACGCAUGGUUAUGCCAAAAAUUAAGGCCAAAGUUGAGGAAAAGCCCGAGGAGGCUGCAGACCAAGUCCAGUCUGACAGUGAAGCACCAAAAGAUGAGUCAGCCUUCUCUCUGAGGAAAUUCUUCCCAGGACGCAAGAAGAAGAAGGCUGAAAAACAAUCCUCCACUGACCAGAGCUCAGGAGAGGAGGACUCUGAAACUCCAGCUGUGGUUCCUCUUUCAGAGUAUGAUGGGCAAGUUGAAGCUGAACAGGAAGCACCAGCAGAAGCAGCUCCAGCCCAGAUUAAAGUGUCCGCUGAAGACAGAUCCCCUUCAUGGAUCCCAGCUGGUGUCGAAGACGUUGCUGAUAAGCAUGACCAGCUGAGUGAUAUCCCAGAGGAAGCAGAGAAUGCUGCUACACCAAAGUCUGUUGAUACCGACAUUGCAGAGGAAGAAACUGAAGACCAGGCCACAUUGCCUAAACCUCCAGGACGCACAGGGCGCAGACUGUCCACCGCUGAGGUGAAGCCUGUUGAUCCAGCUCCAGCUGCAGCAACCACCCCUGUUCCUCAGAGACAGUCGGAGAACGCAGAAGAGGUUAUGGAGGGUAUUGAGGUCCAAAUCAGUGAAAUCCCAUCCCAGAUAUGUGUGGCUGUAGAAGAUGUACCAGUAGAGGUAGCUGCUGAAAAAACAGAGCCUGAACCACAGAUUGAGAAUGCUAAGGCCACAACAAAUGUCAUCCUGGAGCCACAUAUUCGUGAAGAGGCCAUGGCUAUCUGCACUGGCCUUGGCACCAAGGAGAUCGCCAAAGUAGCUCUGGAAAAGCCUGCACAGCCUAUGGUAGAGACUGUGGCUGUGAUCCGUGAUGCUCUGAGCUCUGAGGUGUCAGUGGAGGAGAUGCAGCCACCUAUAGUGGAAGCAGUUUUCACAGAAGACCCAGUGUUGAGAGCCCAGGUGCAGCAAGUAGAAACCACUGAGCUUGAGUUUCCUGUUGAAAAUUUGGAAAGUGAGGUUGUAAGCACUCAAGUCGCCAGUUUGGGUGAAGAACCAGAGAUCGAGAAGGUUGGAGUUGUGAACACUGUUCCAGAGGAGUCUGAGGUCCUUCAGCCCACCACAGUGAGCGAGAACUCUCCUAAAACUGUGCUAGUCAGUCCCAUUGUUGCAACCGCUGAAGCAGUUAUCUGCACCCAGAGUGUAGAAGUCUCUGAGGUAACUGUGGAGAUCAAGGAAGUGGAAAUAGAAAUGGAACAAUUUGCUGCCACUGAAGAAAAUAUCCCUGUAGAAGAGGUAUUUCAGGCUGUGGCUGCAGAGAUGUCAUCAGAUAUAUGUGAAACAACAAAGGCCACCCUCACAGAGGAGAGUGAAGCCUCCAUCCCUGUAGUUCUUCCAAGUGAGGAGGCUCCUGUUAUCAAAGAUACAGUUGUCCUUGUCGCUCCAGUCAAGGUGGAGUCAGAGGAGGUGAUGGAUCAGACUGCAUCAGAGUCAAAAGUAGCCAAUGUUGAACAAAUCAAAGCGCAUGAAACCACAGAGGACAUUGCAGAGACUGCAGUGGAAGUCCCACAUGUCAGUGAAAUUGAGGUUCAGAGCAUGGCCAUUGCCCAGACUGUCAUUCAGGAUGCUGUAGAUAAAGUUUCAGAAGAUGCACCUGAGCCAGAAAAGCCUUCCACACCAUCAGCCACCAUCCCAACACUAGUCCAGGCAACAGCAACAAUAGAAAAAGAGAUUGACAUUGCAGCUGAAGCCCCUGUUAUCACUGACACCCCUGUUCCCAUUGUCUGUGAAAAGCCAGUAACAAAGUCACCUCAGCCUCUCAAUGUUGCCAUUGAGGUUAUGGAUGCAAUCUCAAUAGAGGUCACAGAGAACCUUGAAGAGGUGGAAAAGAAACCAGAAGAAGGUGUGAAGCAAGAUGCAGAGGUUAAAGUAAGUGAAAAAACAGCUGAAGUAGAAGAAGCAGGAGAGGUAAAGGAAGAGAGUCAGACAAGCAAAGUACCUGAACAGGUCGAGGAAGAACAGAGCAAAGAUCAGGAUGCAGAAGUAAAAGAAGUUCCCGAGAAGGUGGAAUCACAGUCAGAGGAAGCCAAGUCUGAAGCUCCUUCAGAGGAGAAAAAAGAGAAAGUGCUUGAAGUCCACAUGCCAGUCCAGGUGGUCCUGCAGACAGCUCAUGUGGUUGAGGAACCAUCAAUUGAAGAAGAGGCUGUUGAAGAGUUUGACAGCAACGGUCCUGCAACUGAAGACACCAGUGCGCCACCCAAGAGCAGUGGAAGCGAGAAGCUCCCAGUGCUGCCAGAAGAACCUCAAGCGACAAAUUCAGCAGAGGACACCGCUUCAAGCCGAGUCACAGAUGAAGCGGGUAGCCAAUCAGAGGCAGAGAAAACAUCUUCAAAGUGUGCAGAAGUGAUGGCGCAGGUGAUUGAGGUGAUCGAGGAGGCUGUGAAGGAGAUCGAGCCUGUGUCCACAGAGAUCACAGCAGCAUCAUGAACAGCAGAAAGGAGGUGACUGAUGCCUGGGAGACACUUUGUCUGGACCAGGACAUGAGUGAUGAGGGAGAGAAAAAGAGAGACAGUAAGAGACAAAAAAAAAAGAAGCUGCUCUGUGGUAACAUGCUGAAUAUGGCUUCGGCCAUCCCGCCCAGAGAGAAGAGCAACAGCACCGCCAUUCUCUCCAGCUGCCCUCCCACCUGUAUUCCAACCCCAUCCCACAACCCUGUCACCACAAUGUGUCAACCCAGUGUUGCACCCUCACCCCACCCACCCACCC